CGCUGAUGAGAUAAUAUCAAGACACAAUAUUACAUCUUUACAUGUCAUGUUGGGAUGUCACACUCACUGCCAAGACGAAGAAAAAUGUGUUGGAUUCAACUACAGAACAACAAAGAAUGUCGAAAAUUGUCAACUGACAAACGUUACUAAAGAGAGAGAAAAAACCAAGACAGGAGAUUGGAUGCUGAUGCUUGAUGUUGAAGCGAAAAAAAAUGAAGAAGAAAAGGGAAAAACUGUCGACGGAAAUUCUGACGGUGAAGAAUGUCCCAUUAAAUCUUCCAAUUUUUGUCAUAAAAAUGCAAUAUGCGCCAACAUCAACGGUUCACACAACUGCAGCUGCCUCCCUGGAUAUGCUGGAGAUGGAAAAAAUUGCACUGCCCAUGAAUUGGAUUCAGUCAUAAUGGCCGCCGAGUCACCGGAAUUUACAAAAACUUUGGCAGAAUGGUUGCCGGUGACAGGAAAUUGGAGUGUUUGCUGGCGGGCGACAAGAGACGGGAAUAAAAGUGAAAUAUUUCAUGAUAGAUGCGACUCAAAAGUCCCGACAUUGACAGUUGUAAAAGUGUUAAAAGAUAACAAGAGUUUUAUCUUUGGAGGAUUCGCGACAGUUAAAUGGGAAGUAACAUAUGGGACUUAUGUAUCUGCUCCCGGUUCCUUAUUGUUUUCGUUUCGCAAUAAUGAUGAUCUCCCGCCUUUCACGUUGCCUAAGAUAAGUCCGAAUAACCCAUUUGGAAUUCAACCACACCAGAAAUGUGGGCCUAGGUUUGGGGGUGGACCUGAUCUUAGCAUUGUUGACGGGCAUCUUUCUGACAAUAGAAUAGUUAACGUCGCAAAUAUCGGUUACACAUAUCAAGCUCCCCCUGGAUAUGCCAAAAGUAAAAGCAAGACACAAUCUCUCCUUGCUGGCAGCCUCUAUUUUACACCAGUUGAAGUGGAAGUGUUAUAUUUACCGUGA